AUGUUGCUAGAGAGUUGGCUUGAUAACCUGCGACCGGCAUCGUUACCUGUGGCUCAAACUGCAGCACUCCAACAAGCAGGUGCUGUUCAACAACCUUUAAUCAUUCAGCAAGCUCUCCCACGAAUCAUACCAAGCUUUGAUGAAAGGUACGAAGACUGGGAAAAUUGCAAAAUCAUGUUCCGCGAUGUGGUAGAUCGAUCUACAGAGCCAGCCCGUAUAAAGCUCUACUAUUUAGAGAAGGCUCUGACCGGGGACGCGUGUGGUACCAUCGACGCUAAAACGAUCAGCGACGACAACUAUGAUCGUGCCUGGGCAUUGUUAGCAGAACGCUAUGAAGAUAAGCGUAAGAUGAUCGACCUACACAUUCGUGGUCUCCUCAGAGUGAAAAAAUUAUCUCGUGAGCAUCACCUUGAGCUGCGUUCUAUGAUAGAAACUGUUGUCAGUCACGUGGAGAAUCUCAAAUUCCACGGACAAGAGUUUACCGGUGUAUCAGAGCAAAUUGUCAUCCAUCUGAUUUCCAACGCUUUAGACGAUGAUUCGAAAACGUUGUGGGAGGCAACUAUUCUACGCGGAGAGCUGCCGCUAUACGACGAUACAAUUCAGUUUUUGAAAGAUCGUGUAACUAUUCUUGAGCGUUGUGACAAUUCCAGUGAGCAAACCGCAUCCAAACGAGCCAGUUUUAAGUCUACUGCUAAGCCGCCUAACCCAAAGGCAAACACUGCAACUGUGUCGUCCCAAUCGGAGCCCCGAUGCGACAUGUGCAGUGAAUCCCAUCUUACUUACAAGUGCAAUGCAUUUAACAACCUUACCGUGCCUCAGCGAAUUGAAAAGGUGAAGCGAAGAAAGGUUUGUUUCAAUUGUUUGCGUGGAAGACACCUUUCCAUCAACUGUACUUCCAAGAAGGUGUGUAAUAAAUGUCAGAAGCGACACCACACUUUACUACACUUGGAACCACCAGAACCAACCAAGACAACGACGAUCACAGCAAACCAUCCAGCUACUCCCCAAAUCAUUCAGCCCGUUGCACAUGGUACUGUCCCAGCCACUAACAGUUCCAUUUUGCAAGACGAUUGCGAACCAUCCACUUCCAGAUUGCCAUCGUGUAAUCACUCCCAAGCAGUCAAAACCGUCAUGUUACUGACUGCUGUCGUCAACCUUCGAGAUGCCCAGGACCAGCCUGUGCCAUGUGGUAUUCUGAUGGACAGCGGAUCACAGACCGAAAACAUCCCUAUCACUUGCAUUGGAGCAUCCAAAGUGUAUGCCAGAGAGUCUACCCGCGUAGAGCUUCAAUCUCAAUAUACCAACUUUACGGCGUGCGUAGAUUGCUUAAUCGUACCGAAGAUCGCAGGCGUGAUUCCAUCAACCCGCGUGGACACAUCCUCAUUGUCGAUUCCUCCAGGUCUCCAGUUGGCGGAUCCAAGAUUCAAUACACCUGACCACAUAGACAUGCUUGUGGGUGUAUCGCUUUUCUUCCGAUUGUUGAAACUAGGUUAUUUGCGUUUAUCUGAAACUCUCCCAGAGUUACGUGAAACUCAUCUCGGAUGGGUUGUUGCUGGCGAAGUAGGAGAUGAAAUUCCCAACCUGUUGUAUGCGCAUACAGCUACUAUCGAUGAUAUCCAUGAAGCCAUUCAGCGAUUUUGGCAUGUUGAGGAGAUAGAAUGUUCUUCGGCUGCCACCUCCGAGCAGGAAGAAUGCGAGGCAUUUUUCUAUUCAACACAUCAGCGAGAUUCGACUGGCAGGUACAUAGUUCAUUUGCCAUUUCGCCAUUCAAUCGUAGAUCGUCUCGACGAUAACCGUAGCCUCGCUCCCCGACGCUUCCUGUCGUUGGAGCGACGUCUAAAUAGAGAUCCAAGCUUAAAACUGGAAUACAGUAAGUUUAUCAAAGAGUAUGAAGAGUUGGGGCAUUGUAAAGAAAUCAAUGAAAAUUGUGACCCACCUAAUUUGCGCUGUUACUACAUGCCUCAUCAUGCCGUCCUGCGCCCUACAAGCUCUACCACCAAGCUGAGAGUAGUGUUUGACGCAUCGGCAAAAAUGUCUCCAUGCAACGUGUCACUCAACGAAGCCCUACAAUCCUAUUGCCAGCCAAAGGAAAUUUUGUGGUCGUUCAUUCCUCCUGGAGCACCGAAUUUUGGGGGUCUCUGGGAAGCAGCCGUAGAGUACAAAAUAUUUAAAGAGGAUAACAAGGAAUGCGCUCUUGACAUUUGA